GCCGACAGUGCCGACUCCAGCACACAGCUGAGAGCUCACGAGUUGAAGUUCUUCCUUGGAGAUGAGGACUCUGAAGCACUUCCUUCUCCAAGAACAUCCGAUUCCCUUAGCAGAUCAAAAAACAGCCCCAUGGAAUUCUUUAGAAUAGAUAGUAAGGACAGCACAAACGAAUUUCUGGGACUCGAUUUUGGAGAAAAAUUGUAUAGUCUGAAAUCAGAACCCUUGAAGCCAUUCUUUGGUCUUCCAGAUGGAGACCACACUUCCAAGAGUUUGAAUGCCAGCGAAAGCAGGCUCGAGUUUACAGCUCUGGACACCGUUAGCAGGGUCUCAGAUGACUCAGUCCCAGUUAUCUCACUUAAAGAUGCAGCUUUUGAUGAUAUCACUGGUACUGAUGAAGGAAGGCCUGAUCUUCUUGUAAAUCUACCUGGUGAAUUGGAGCCACCAAAAGAAGCUGCAGCUAUAGAACCUACUAAGUUUACACAGACUUCCCUAGACAGAGUAGAAAAUAAGCUGCUGGAGGCUCUGGACGUGUUUGGUCUCCGGCUUAGUGCUGAACAAUGCCAAGCCCCUGAAGAGGAAGGCUCAGAGAACCUGAGUGGCCCCCCCGAGACACACUAUGUCCAGGAGGACCUGGGUGUGUUAUUUGUAGCAGCUGUUGAUCAUAGCGGUUCAGAAGAUGCGACUUUGUUACAUAACUCAGAUCCUAAGUUUGGACGACUCGGAGUAACUGAGUUGGCCUUAACUGGAGACAACGUGGAAGAAAGCUUAUUCCAUAUUUCUAAUACACUCUCAGGUGCUAACAAAUAUAAUGCAAACACAGACACUUUAAAAACAGAGGAAAUAUUGCUGCUUACAGAUCGGACUGAUGACUUGGCUACUUCUUUAUUCCAAAGAAACUCAGAGACUAAGGGCGAAAGUGGGUUAGCCCUGGAAGGAGACAAGGAAAUCCAUCAGAUUUUUGAGGACCUUGAUAAAAAAUUAGCACUAAACUCCAGGUUUUAUAUCCCAGAGGACUGCAUUCAAAGAUGGGCAGCUGAAAUGGUGGUAGCCCUUGAUGCUUUACAUAGAGAGGGAAUUGUGUGCCACGAUUUGAACCCAAACAACAUCUUAUUGAAUGAUAGAGAGGUUGGAGCAAUCACAGAAGAAACUGAAGCCUGUGAUUGGUGGAGCUUGGGUGUUGUCCUCUUUGAACUUCUCACUGGCAAGACUUUGGUUGAGUGCCACCCGGCAGGAAUAAAUACUCACACUACCUUGAACAUGCCAGAAAGUGUCUCCGAAGAGGCUCGGUCCCUCAUUCAACAGCUCUUGCAGUUCAACCCCCUGGAAUGUCUGGGAGCUGGAGUCGCUGGUGUUGAAGAUAUCAAAUCUCACCCGUUUUUCACUCCUGUGGAUUGGGCAGCACUGAUGAGACGAAUGCCACCCAGGGCUAUUUUCACACAUUCUGAUCUCUGA